AUGUCUGAAUCUUACGAAUAUUUAUUUAAAUUUCUUGUAAUUGGAAGUGCGGGUACGGGAAAGUCGAGUCUUCUGAAUAAUUUUAUCGGCAAUAAAUUUAAAGAGGACCGAUGUCACACUAUUGGAGUAGAAUUUGGAUCUAAAAUUGUAAAUAUUGGAGGGAAAUCGACCAAAUUACAAAUAUGGGAUACUGCAGGCCAAGAAAGAUUUCGAUCAGUUACACGAUCAUACUAUCGAGGUGCAGCUGGUGCACUGCUUGUCUAUGAUAUUACAUCACGAGAUUCAUUCAACGCACUAUCCAAUUGGCUGAGAGAUGCAAGGACAUUAGCUAGUCCCAAUAUAGUAAUUCUACUUGUGGGAAAUAAAAAAGAUAUGGAAGAAUCAAGAGAAGUAACAUUUACAGAAGCAAGCCAAUUUGCCCAAGAAAAUGAACUGAUGUUCCUAGAAACCAGUGCUAAAACUGGAGAAAAUGUAGAAGAAGCGUUUUUGAAAUGUUCUAAAACUAUUUUGGCUAAAAUUGAAAAUGGUGAACUGGAUCCUGAGAGGAUAGGUUCUGGUAUUCAGUAUGGAACAGGCACAUCUAAAAGACUGAAUGCUCCUAAGAAACCAGCAAGAACACCUUCUGACUGUGCUUGUCAUAUGUAA